AUGAGCGACAAGAGAGGAAAUGUUGAAAGAAACUAUGUGGAUAAAAAUCUGGAGAAAACAAUAAUUUUAAAUGUUGGAGGAACAAAAUACGAAACAUAUAAGUCAAUACUAACAGCGCACGAAGAAACUUUAUUGGGAACGAUGUUUUCGGAAAGAAAUAAUGAAAUGCUUCAUCCUACUAACGGAAACGAAUAUUUCAUAGAUCGAGACGGAAAGAUAUUUCGUUAUAUUGUUCAAUAUUAUCGUACGGGAAGAAUUUAUUGGCCAACUCCAUCGUCGACAAUCUCCCGCCAAGAAUUAGAGGAUGAAUAUGAUUAUUAUCAAAUUCCGUUUGAAAAACCGAUCGAAGAGGUCACUCCACCACUGAAUCCAGUGGUGGAGAAGUUAAAUGGAUUUGUAUUUUCUCUGAGAACUUUAAUAAAGGAAUUGAUAGCAACCGGUGAAAUUGAGAUCACGAUCACUUUUAGCAAGAAUGGUUGGCCUCCUUUUUACAUGUCUGGUAAUUUCUAUGCUAAAAAUUCGGCAAUAAUGGAAAAUGUUGAUAAGAUAGUGAAACCUUUUGGCAGCGUUGGUUAUAAUUUUCUCGACAAAUUUGGUUCAGAGAUUGGCGGACACUUGAGUUCGGAAGUUAGGGGAUUGUCUUGGCGAUUUGGUUAUUCCCAAAAUCGAGAGCAAAUCAAAUUGCACAUGUCCUUUCCUAAUUUUCUGAACCGUCAAAUCCUCGAACAAUCCUGUUUGAAUUCUAAAACAUCUUUGUAG